GGGUUGCCGCUGGCGGCCGUUGCCAGGGUUGGGGGUCGCUUUGCGGCAUGGCGAUGGCGGAGGGCGAGCGGACUGAGUGUGCUGAGCCCCCCCGGGACGAGCCUCCGGCUGAAGGCACACUGAAGCGGGCGGAGGAACUCAAGACUCAGGCUAACGACUACUUCAAAGCCAAGGACUACGAGAACGCCAUCAAGUUCUACAGCCAGGCCAUUGAGCUGAACCCCAACAAUGCCAUCUACUAUGGCAACCGCAGCCUGGCCUAUCUGCGCACUGAAUGCUACGGCUAUGCGCUGGGUGAUGCCACACGGGCCAUCGAGAUCGACAAGAAGUACAUCAAGGGCUACUACCGUCGGGCCGCCAGCAACAUGGCACUGGGCAAGUUCCGGGCUGCCCUGCGUGACUACGAGACGGUGGUGAAGGUGAAGCCUCACGACAAGGACGCCAAGAUGAAGUACCAGGAGUGCAGCAAGGUCGUGAAGCAGAAGGCCUUCGAGAGGGCCAUCGCGGGCGACGAGCACAGGCGCUCCGUCGUGGACUCGCUGGACGUCGAGAGCAUGACCAUCGAGGAUGAGUACAUCGGGCCCAAGCUUGAGGAUGGCAAAGUGACAAUCACUUUCAUGAAGGAGCUCAUGCAGUGGUACAAGGACCAGAAGAAAUUGCACCGGAAAUGCGCCUACCAGAUUCUGGUACAGGUGAAGGAGGUCCUUUGUAAGCUGAGCACGCUGGUGGAGACGACGCUUAAAGAGACAGAGAAGAUUACAGUGUGCGGGGACACCCAUGGCCAGUUCUAUGACCUCCUUAACAUAUUUGAGCUCAACGGUUUACCCUCAGAGACCAAUCCCUAUAUAUUUAAUGGGGACUUUGUGGACCGCGGCUCCUUCUCUGUUGAAGUGAUCCUCACCCUUUUCGGCUUCAAGCUCCUGUACCCAGAUCACUUUCACUUACUUCGAGGCAAUCAUGAGACGGACAACAUGAACCAGAUCUACGGAUUCGAGGGCGAGGUGAAGGCCAAGUACACGGCGCAGAUGUACGAGCUUUUCAGCGAGGUGUUCGAGUGGCUCCCGCUGGCCCAGUGCAUCAACGGCAAAGUGCUGAUCAUGCACGGAGGCUUGUUCAGUGAGGACGGCGUCACUCUGGACGACAUCCGCAAGAUCGAGCGAAACCGGCAGCCCCCAGACUCGGGUCCCAUGUGUGACCUGCUGUGGUCGGAUCCACAGCCGCAGAAUGGGCGCUCAGUCAGCAAGCGAGGUGUGAGCUGUCAGUUCGGGCCAGAUGUCACCAAGGCCUUUCUGGAGGAGAACCAGCUAGACUAUAUCAUCCGAAGCCACGAAGUGAAGGCAGAGGGCUAUGAGGUGGCCCAUGGCGGCCGAUGCGUCACCGUCUUCUCUGCCCCCAACUACUGCGACCAGAUGGGAAACAAAGCCUCCUACAUCCACCUCCGGGGCUCUGACCUGCGGCCCCAGUUCCACCAGUUCACAGCAGUGCCUCACCCCAACGUCAAGCCCAUGGCGUACGCCAACACGCUGCUGCAGUUAGGAAUGAUGUGAGGCCAUGAGGAUGGCAGUGCACCAGGCCACCCUCCAACAGACCGGCCCGGCCCGGCCCAGCCCAGCCCAGCCCAGCCGUGGGCCUGCCGCCCCGCCCCAGGGCAACGAUGGACCCCCUUUUACUUUGUAAAGUUUGUAUUUAUUCCCCUUUAGGUUGCACAGGGGGUGGGGGCAACAUGGGGCGGCCAGAGAGGGUCGGCUCCUGGUCAAAGGAAGGAGGCAUUGAAGCUGGGGUGGGGCACAGCCUGGGCAUUCUGGAGGAAGGCCAGCCUGGGGUAAGGGGGGGCCAAGAGGCUUCCUGCCCCCUUGUUUGCAUGGCUCCUCCUCUGCUAAAGCAGUAGGGCCCUGCCAUAGGAAGACCCCAGAGAGGGUCAUCAGGGAGGCCUCGCCUGCGCCCAUCCUCCUCCUGGUAGCCCCAGGGUGGGGUGAGCUGGGGCCCAUCCCCCCAGCUGUUUUAUGUUCUGUAAUUAAAUAUGUUAAAUGAAAAUAAAGUCAUUAUUGUAAGUCA